AUGGCUUCAUCACAACAUCAUGACAUUCUAGGUCCCCCACUCGAGGAUGCAUCAGAAGAGACUUUUGAAUUGUUCAGUCAACAAAUUCCAAGCAAUGAUCUUGGGUUCGUCGAUUCGCGACAAGGCACUAUCCAGGUCGAGAUCGCUGGCCAUGAGUACGAACUACGACAAUCUCCGGCGCUCUUGAAAUCCAAUCGAAAAGAAGGUACUACAGGGGCAGUCUUGUGGAAAGUUACACCGCUGUUAGCGGCGUGGUUGGCAUCUUUCCCAGCAAUGUUGGCUGAUCUGAAUGCGCUACAUCCUAAUGCCACUGUGGUUGAAUUGGGUUGUGGACUAGCAGGCCUCAUAGGCCUGGUCCUCUCGCGUGUCGUCAAGUGUUACGUACUCACCGACCAGGAGUAUGUGAUGAAGUACCUGAAAGAGAACAUAUCGGCCAACUCACACGCGAACAAGCCUCAGUUGAGAGCUACGAAGAAACGCAGCAGCCCGAGGGUACCAGAUCUCACUUCAUCCCUCAAAACCAUGGCCCUCGACUGGGAGACUGAUCGGGCUGAGAAUCUGCUUGCGGUUAUCUCGUCUGAGGAUUGCAUUGACCUGGUGAUUCUGUGCGAUUGUGUCUACAACGACUUCCUUGUCAAACCCUUGAUCCAGAUGAUGAUUGACAUCUGUCGUCUGGGACUACCCAAGCCAAAGCAGACAGUCGUCUUGAUAGCUCAACAGCUUCGGUCAGAUUCGAUAUUCGAGUUCUUUCUGGACAGCCUGAUGCAAGAAUUCCACGUGUGGAGGAUGUCUGAUGAUAAAAUCACCCCCGACCUGCGCUCCAACACGGGCUAUGUUGUCCAUCUCGCGAUGCUCAAGUCCGCAGCCAAAAUGUAG